CCCACUCUGCCUACUUACUUUGCCAUGCGAAGAAGAGGGAUUGCCUUCAGUGAACCUGGCAACCUCGGAGCUCAUACAGACUACAACUAUAAACAACCGGAGAAUUCUUUCCUGUUAGCAACUGCUAGGUCAAUCAGUUCAUCUUGUUUGAAGUGCUUCCCUUCCAUCAGAAUGAUGAGAAUGACCUGACCAAUGGACCACUGCAGAGUCUGCUCAGUGAGAGGGUCACGCUUGGAGGUAGAUCAUGAAUGACAAACUAGUCUUUUUGGGCCUGCUGUACUUUGUCCAGGGCAUCCCCUAUGGUCUCCAGUCUUCACUGCUACCUGUCUACCUGCGUGGAGCUGGUCACUCUCUUACCCGCAUCGGCUUCACCAAGAUCCUCUACUUCCCCUGGGUCCUGAAGGUACUCUGGGCUCCUUUGGUGGACCGGGUCAGCACCAAGCGUCACUGGCUGGUGGGCACAGUGUCUGGGCUGGCUCUCACAUGCCUUUCCAGUGCGGCCUUGGCCCCAGAAGCACAUAUCUGGGGUGUAGCAGGAACCCUGUUAGCCAUGAACACCUUGGCCUCUGUCCAGGACAUUGCUGUAGACGGGGCAGCAGUGGGGUUGUUGAAAGGUCGUGGGGAGCUGGGGCUGGGCAACACAGCCCAAGUCGUGGGCUAUAAAGCUGGGUCGGUGUUCGCUGGAGGUGGGCUGCUGGCGGUAAUUGACGUGGCUGGAUGGAGCUGGAUGUUUAUGCUGCUGACGUUUGUGUAUGCAGGCGUGGCUCUGUUUGUGUGGGGGGCCCCUGUGCUGGAUGAUGAGACUGUGAGGGGCCAACAGGGAGAUGGCAGCAGGAGGGGGGGGCAGGGAGCGGAUGCUAUGAGGCCAUGGAGGGUGUGGAGGAAGCUACUGGCAGUGCCCGGCACACCUUGGACAAUCCUGUAUGUCCUGACAUACAAACUGGGUGAGCAGGGUGCAGUGACCAUGUUUCCUCUUUUCCUGCUGGACCACCACAUGACCGCAAGGGAGCUUGGCUUCUGGAACGGUGUUAUCGCCAUGGGCUUUUCCAUCUGCGGGUCGUCCCUGGGAGGCCUGCUGCUCGCCCAAUUCAGCAUCGGGGCUCUGAUGCGACGUGUGUUUGUGUUGCGAACCAUCAGCAUGGUCUUCCAGAGCUCUCUGCUCACUGUACUGGAACCAUCACCACUCAUGAAAGGUAUGGCCGUCCUGAGCAUGAGUGUUCAACACUUCCUGGGCGGUCUCAUUACCACGCUCACCUUCACUACCAUGAUGCAUUGCACCCAAAGGGCCGAGGAAAGCAUUCAGGCGACCCACUACAGUUUCCUGGCGACUCUGGAGGUGCUGGGGAAGCUGACGUUCAGCGCGCUGGCAGGAGGCGUGGUGGAUUGGUUUGGUUUCCAAGUUGCCUUCCUCUUCUUCCUCACCCUCUCCGCCGGGACGGCCCUGCACGUGUGGACGGCUACCUUCACUGGUGCUCUCAGGGAACACCAGCUCAAAGAACAGCCCAAAUGAGAUCAGGAUCAGGAUGAAAGGUCCUGAUACCGAAGCGUCUGAAGGUGCUGAAAAAGUGUUGAAAUUUUUUGAGCUUGACUACCAGUAUACAAACAGCUUAAAAGUCCCCGAAUCUUGUUAAGUAUAACAUUCAUGACUUCAGCAAAUCAUUUCAGUAUAGAAGAUUUUCUUGUUCUGCCAUUUUUAAGGAGAAAUCAGCCAUGUGGUUAAGUGCUCUAUUAAAGAGUGUAUUUUUUUAAUUUCACUGGCAACACUGGCCUUACUUUUUAUUUAUGUUGCAUUUAAAAAGUCUGGAGAAGUCUUAACAUCUACAGUGGCACAAUGAAACCUGCAGAUAUUGACAUAGGUGAGGAUUAGCAUGUUGAGUAUUGCUGUAGUAGUAGAGUUUUCUGGAUGCGACUGCUUCAUCUCAUCAGCGUGAUGAAUUCAUGAGGUUUAGUUUGCUGAGCAGUGAGGCACAGUCAUACUGUGCUGAGAGCUGAAAUGUACUUUGGGAAAUAUAAUCAAAGCUGUUUUUAUCAUCUGAGCCAUUUUAGUGGUUUAAUAAGCCAGCAAUAAGAGCUGCAGCCAAAAGCAAUAUCGCUACUUGUGAUGUUCUGUUAUGUUGUACUGUAUAUGUAUAUGUUAGUCGUUCUCCUGAGUUCUAUGGUUUACAGUUCUAAAUGAAUGCACCUCUACUACCUCGUAUCAGCUCUGUAUGGUACGAUACACAGGAGAACGAAUGCACAGUAGCUGCAAUGAGUAGAGAAUACAGUCAUUCACAAUGAAUAGUUUCAACACAUACACCAUGUUACCUAAGAACAAAAUCCCAGUAACACUGUAGUUUACAGGUAUUUUCUAUAUUUUCCAGCGUUUUCCAGCUAAUCUCCAAAAAACUGGUAUUUAGAGAUAAGUUACUGGGAUAUUUCCAAGGAAGGUCAACACAAAGUGUUAAUUGCUAUAGUUUUCAGUGAGCUCCUUACAUUUGAUUUUUUAAGAACAAAUGUUUCCAGGAAAAUUAGCUGGAAAAUAUUGGAUAUGUAAAAUAAAACAUUUCCAAAAUCCCUUUCCCUUUGGUAUUGAAUAGGUCAGCCCUGACAGUCAGCUUACUUCCUUUAGGAAACCUCAGCCUUACACAGUGCACGGUGCCAUCUCGUCUUAGUUUUUUAAACAAAGAAUCAGACUCACUAAUGAACUCUGAGGAUAACUUUGUUCUUUAGAAAACUUGUAAGACCAAUGCCACUGGUAAAUUAUAGUUGCUGAUGAAAUUGUAUGACCUUUGUGUUUUAUGAUAAGAAAAAAAACAUCUCAAAUAUGUACUAUAAAAUAUACUGUAACUCUCCAUGGUACUGUAUACUAUAGAAAAUACUUUUCUCAAUGCUUAACAUAUGAAUGAAACAGCAGCGUAGAAUGUUUCUUUUUUUUCACCGGGCUGUGGGAGAAUAGAAUAAAAUCCCCUGUGAAGGUGAAUGUAGUAAUUGAAAUUAAUUAAUUAAUUGUGCAGACACGUAAGAUAAAGAGAGGUUGGUUUAAAUAAAGGCAGUAAUCUCAGCAAACUUAGCAAAUUAAAACAGUUAGUCACCUGCUUUCAUCCUCAUAAUAAAUAAAGGGAUGCCAUAUUAAAUCAUUACUUGUUCCACUUUUUGCAAAGCACAUCUCUUGUCUCUCAGCUACUGUGUUGCCUGAGAUUUGCACAAAAAUAAAGCUGCUGAGUGAAUCCUG